AUGGAGAGCUUGUCGCGCGUGUUGAGGCUGUCCCCGACCAUCGCCAGGACCACGCUUCUCCCGCUGGGGAACGACGCCAACGACGUCUUCUCCAGCGUGAUCGCGUUCACGCGCUCCGGCGACGCCGACGUCGGCCUCAGCAGCGUCCUCGGUGGUGCCUUCUUUAUCUCGUGCUUCGUCGUCGGCGUGGUGAGCAUCGCGGGAGGUGCGCGUGGACAAGGCGAGCUUCGUGAGGGAUGUGUUAUUCUUCCUCUUUGUGUUGGUUGCAUCAUCAUGAUCAACAUUUUCGAGAGGAUUAAUUUCUGGUUUGUGCUGUGUUUCUUCUCUAUAUACUUUCUCUACAUCGCUCUUGUAUCCGUUAUGCAAUUUCUCCAGCGGAAGGAGGCGACGGUUGGUCACAGUCAAGGUUUAGAUGAUUUUGGAGAUGUGGAGAUGCCGUUGUAUGAUUAUGCUCAUGAGGAGAAGGCCUCUUUGUUUAGGACAAAUCAGAGAAUCUCCGCGAAUCUUAGUGUUGUCGCUACUUGA